AUGGCGGCAGACUAUUGGAAAUCACAACCGAGAAAAUUCUGCCAAUACUGCAAGUGUUGGAUUGCGGACAAUAAACCCAGCAUAGAGUUUCACGAAAGAGGGAAAAAUCACAAAGAAAAUGUGGCAGCCAAAAUUUCAGAGAUCAAAAAGAAAAGUGUUCAAAAGGCAAAACAAGAGAACCGUAUGUGUAAACAAUUUGCAGCAAUGGAAGAAGCUGCGCUCAAGGCAUAUGAGGAAGACCUAAAGAGGCUGGAAAAGGAAUCGAGUCCCUCUGUCCCAACCACAGCAUUGCCAAAACCUAAACCUCCACCGAUAAUACUGUGCGAGCCACCACCACAUAAAAACUAUCAAAAGAAAUCACAAAAAACAAAGAAGCCAGCGGGGGAGCAAACACAGACUUGGGUUGAAGGAUGGACACAUGACGGACACAUGUACUAUUACAAUACAGCAAGUGGAGAGUCUCAGUGGGACAGACCUGAGGGCUUCCUUGGUAGCUCGUACUUUGUACAGGCUGAACAGUACAAGAGCUCUGCAGGAAGUGCUUGGAUGGAAGGUGUCAGCCCUGAAGGAUAUACAUAUUGGUACCAUACACAAACCGGAGAGUCCAGAUGGGAAAAGCCAAUUGACUUACCUACUAAUGAAACUCCUGAAUCCAAUUUAGCAUCUGGCAGUGAGAAAGUGCUUAAGGAGGCAGACAAGAGUGAAAAUGAGGCCCAAUUAGGUUCAGAAGUUGCUGAACAACCUAUCCUGCAGUCCACUGACCCAGAAAAUACCUCAAGGAAAAGGAAAGCAGAUGGGGAUAUUUCAGGAAAGAGUGAUGAUGAUGAAACAAAUAUGCCUCAAGAGGAUGUUGAAGAGAAAAAACAAGAGGACCUUAAUGUAACAAGUGAAGCUGAAGUGGAAAAAACGGAAGACGUGGCUAAAGCUAAGAGGCCAAAAUCCUUGAACCCAUAUGGAGCCUGGGAACAGAUCAAGGAGGAGAAGGAUCCGUACGCCAACGUGGAUUUACAGUUGCCCCAAGUAGCAGUUGAAGAAAUUGCGCCAACAGAAUUACCGCCAGAACCAAAACCCAAGUUCAAGGAGCGCAUCAUCACAUCACUCGGAGUGCCAGGCGGGCCCACAUCGUUCAAAAAAAGCAAGACACAGAAUGGCAAAUCUAGAAGCUUUAGGCAGAGAGACAAUGACGACUAG